UUUGACCACACCCACAGCCACACACCCCCCGGAGACACCCGACGGCCUCACAACUCCUCCCCCAACGGCGCUCUCUCAUCGGUGGAUGCCGGCGGCAUGCCCGAAGACCACGGCGGAGGAGCUCGCGCGGGUGGCUGCCGCGUCGGCGUGCCCGGAGACCUCGACGGAGGAGCUCGUGCGGGUGGCUUACCUGGCGGUGUGCCCGGAGACCGCGGCGGGAGGAGAUGCUCCAGGAGCACAAGCGGUGGUUGUUGCCGCCCGCCGGCAGCGGGCGCCCUAGCACCGGGCCGGGGCCGAGCGGCGUGGCCGUAGAACGCUGCUGGUGUCGGCGCCGUAGGAAGCGCAGCUGCGGGUCCCCAUUGUUUUGGCGCCAUGAGCCGCGGGGGCGCCGCCUCGCUUCUGGCCAGGGAAUCAGCUUGCGGCCAUUCAUGGUUCGCAGCGGCCUUCGUCGUCGAUGCACGCCCACGACAGUUGGCGCAGCAGCAGCAAGGGGCGACUAAGGGAUUACGCCAUGUAAGUAACCCACCCUCUCAAUCCUGGCAUAAGCACUAACUGAAUCUCAUUUCAUGAGCAGCACUUGGUGUAUACAGACUGAGAGUGCGAUUCAGAAGAAAUAGUCACACCAUUGUCAUGAAGCAGGAGCUAUCUGUGAGUUUCUAAUGCAUUUCAGGAGUAACUAUUUUCGAGCCAAUGGGAUAAGGAAAUUGCUGUUCCUGUGAUAAUGCCAUGACAACUAGUUUGAGAAGACAGUGACACUUUUUAUGCUCGAUAUUUAGACAGUUUGCCUCCUAGCAAAUUCAGAUUAGGUGUGUAGAUGAUUUUUGCAGAAUCUAGACAUGGCAAAUCGACAAAUUGUAGACUUUGAUGGGGCCACCAGAUUAGUGUAUGUUUUGGGCAUUUUUUUUCAGAACCAACCUUUCGAACUAGUGUUCAUUCAAAUUUUACUACCCAUGCCAAA